UCUUCCAUCCACCCCCUCCCCAUCACUCUCUCUUGAUCACACAAUAAUAAUAAUAUUAUUAUUAUUCACACAAACCCAUGGCCAAUUACAUAAUCUCUGCUUCAGAUGCUGAAUCCAUUGCCAAAUCCAAAAAUCUCACAGUCCCACAACUCCUUCCAUCCCUCGUUCAAUCUGCUCAGUCUCUCGCUCGUCCACCAAUCUCCAACUUCCACGUGGGCGCCGUCGGUUUAUCAUCCGACGGCCGGAUCUUCUUCGGCGGAAACGUCGAAUUUCCCGGUUUACCCCUCCACCAUUCCAUUCAUGCUGAACAGUUUCUGAUCACUAACCUCGCCGCACACGGCGGAGGUCCUAAACUCCUAUACGUCGCCGUUUCAGCAGCCCCUUGUGGCCAUUGCCGUCAGUUUCUCCAAGAACUUCGGGGAGUUUGUGAUACCCAGAUCGUCAUCACGGAUCAACCUCAAGAAAACCCGGUUUACAAACCCAUUUCCUCCAUCUUACCCGACCCGUUUGGCCCCUUUGAUCUGUUGGAUCAAAACACGCCUCUGAUUCUUGAAAAACAUGAUAACAAGUUAUCGUUUAAAGAUGACGACUUUCUUACAGAAAAGUUUUCGAAUUUGUCGAAUUUGUCAAAUGGGUAUUCUGAAUUGGUGAUGAAGAAUGAGGUGGUGUUGAAAAACAAGGCUUUAGAGGCGGCGCGUGAGUCACACGCGCCGUACAGUGGGUGUCCGUCUGGGGUGGCGUUGAUGGACUGUGAGGGGAAGGUGUAUAAGGGGUCUUAUAUGGAGUCGGCUGCGUAUAACCCUAGUAUGAUGCCGGUUCAGGCGGCUUUGGUGGCGUAUAUGGCGGCCGGUGGUGGCGGGUAUGAGCGGAUCGUGGCGGCGGUGUUGGUUGAGAAGGAAGGGGUGGUUGUUAGGCAGGAGGAGACUGCUAGGUUAAUGUUGAAUCAUGUUUCACCAAAAUGUGAGUUGAGAGUUGCCCAUUGUGUGUAAUUUGAUUGAUCAAACAAUGAUGAUGCUAAUUUAAUAAAAUUGUUACUCAAUAUUGAGCUUUACAUAUGUUAAGAAGCUAUUAUUUAUCAAUCAAGAUUUGUAAGUUUCAAGUGUUUGAUUUUAAGUUUAAAUAAUGUUUGAUGAA